UGAAAUGCCACUGCGCAUGCCCGACUGUUCAGCAAACAUGGCGGCGCCCUACGUGACAGUUGUCAGGACAGCACUAAAAGGUGUACACCUUGUUCCCGGCCGAUGGCUGGUUACACAGAGGAGCCAAAGCUCGUCAUUGAGUCAGUGUUUGCCGCUGCAUGUCUCCCCUGCUGCCUCCCUGUGCAGCUCUAAGACAGAGCCACAGAGGAGCACCCAGCAACACAGCACAGCUGGCACCCACACAGACAACAGGAGGGCCGAGGAAGAGGAGGAGGAAGAGGAGGGUCCUGAAUACAUUCCCAAGAAAAAGGCAAAGAACCCCAUGAUGAAGGUUGGCUAUGCCUGGAUGAUCGGUCUCCCAGCGGGUAUCAUCAGCUUCCUCCUGGCCAAGAGACAAGUGGACAAGAACCGGCUGAAGCAGCUGAAGAUUCGACAGAGGAUGAAAAUGUCCAACGAGGGAGAAUAUGACGGGGGUCGCUACCGCCGUAAUGCAGAGGGCGUUAAACUGGACCAGUGAUGUACGUGUAUGGCUGACGGUGAUUUUAGUGCACUACAUCCCAAAGACUGAUUGAAGUCUCUUUGAGACUGUCUCUGCGACAGGUGGAUGCUGGAAAUCUGGGGAUCAACAUGCUUGUGAUGGAAUCUUUAAAGGGACAGUUCAGAUUUUUUGAAGUGGGGCUGUAUGAGGUAUUUAUUCAUAGUCAGUGUGUUACCUACCUGCAGAAGAUGGCGAUUGGCAUGCCCCCAGUUUGGAGAUGGGGGCAGCAGCAAAACGGAUUUUAGCCACCUAAAAAAAAAAUCAAGUGUAUGCUAUAUUUAGAAUGAUGGAGAACUGAAGCAGUUAUUUGCUGUGAUAAAAUCCACCAGACUCCUUUGACAAAAACUGUAAUUUUAUCUCGCAGAACAUGGGAGUCGUUGGUCUACUGCUGCCUUGAUUGGUUAGUUUGUUUGUGUUAUUGUUUGAUGCUGGUGAAUCCAAACUAAAACUUUAAAACACCAACAUCACAAAAUAACACAAACAACCUAACCAAUCGAGGCAGCUGUAGACCAACAAUUCCUGUGUUCUGCAAGGUAAAAUGACAGUUUUUGUCAAUGGAGUCUGGUGGGUUUGAAGAGGGCAGAGAGAACAGCUUCAGGUCCCCAUCAGAAAGGGCUGUUUGACGGUUAAACAGUAAAAAAUAUUCUAAAAAAAAGUGCGCACAAUAUUUUUCGGUGGUUAGAAUUUUGCUGCUGCCCCCGUCCAUAGCAGUACAUUGCUUAGUUUCCGUGGUGAUACUCUAGCCUGCUGACCGUGGAUAAGUACGUCAUACAACCCCACUGAUGAUCACAUAUUUAUUAGCCUUGAUGCUAAUGUUCUAUAAAUGAUAAAUGAAAUAAAUGUAUAUAUAAACUUGUGAAUACAUAACCAAGAA